AUGACUGAUAUUGAACAGAGCGCCAGAAGCUCUGCCGCCAAGGAGGCAGGCGAUGUCAAGUCUUCCAAGGAGUCGCCUGCUGUCGGACAGGAGCAUCUCGCUGGAGUAACUCCUCCGCAUUCGUCCUAUGAGGGCCAUCACCGAUUCAAUCCCACGGCCUCGUGGUCGCCAAAGGAGGAACGCCGUGUCAUUUGGAAGACGGACCUCAUGCUGAUGACUUGGCUGUGUCUGAUGUUCUUUGGUCUGCAACUCGACCGGGGCAACUUGUCCAAUGCAUUGACGGACAGCUUCUUGGAUGAUCUGAAUCUGACCACCGACGACUACAACAAUGGUAACACAAUCCAGCUGAUGUGCUUUUUGACAGCCGAGUUCCCAGUCCAGCUCCUCAUCAAGCGCUUUGGUUUCCGCCGCGUGCUGCCCACCCUGAUGUUGCUCUGGAGUGUGGUCUCUUGGACUCAGGCCUGGAUGACCGAUCGAGCAUCUUUCUACGUGACGAGAGCCCUGAUUGGAACCUUUGAGGGAGGCUUCAUUCCCGGUGCGAUCCUGUUCGCCACAUACUUUUACAAGACAAAGGAGCUUUCUGUUCGCCUAGCCUUCUUUUGGUCAACGCUGAAUGUCGCACGCAUUAUAUCGGCUCUUUUGGCCGCAGGCAUUCUGGAAAUGAGAGGCACACUGGGCAAGCCAGGAUGGUUCUGGCUGUUCCUGAUCGAUGGACUAAUCACCUUCGUCAUUGGACUCUUCGCCUUGUUCUACCUUCCACGGUCCCCAACACACACGAAGAGUCUUCUGUAUCCCAAGUCAUGGUACACUGAGCGUGAGGAGGUUAUCAUGAUAAACCGACUCUUACGCGAUGACCCGUCCAAGGGCCUCACUGAACUUACCGAGAAAGCUACUUUCAGCGACGUUCUCAACGCCUGGAAGGACAAGUCCAUGUGGGGACUGUAUCUCGUUGGCUUGGUUGCAUAUAUCCCUCAGGGUCCUGUACAGGGAUACCUCUCGCUGACUCUGAAACGCCUUGGGUUCACGACAUUCGAAUCGAACAUGCUUUCCAUCCCAUCUGCCGCUCUCCAGAUCAUCCUCAUGCUGGCCCUGUCCAAGAGCAGUGAAUACUUCGGUGAGCGCACGUUUCACUGUCUAGUCGGGGAGUUCUGGUCGCUGCCACUGCUCGCCACGCUACUGGGACUUCCGGAUCAGGGCUACAACUGGGGCCGCUUCACAGUCUGUACGAUGAUCUCGGGCUACCCGUACUUCCACCCUAUUGUAUCCGCCUGGAUCUCGGAGAACACCUUCGAUGUCAAGAAGCGAGCCAUCACAGCCGCGACUUACAACGUGAUUGUGCAGAUCGGAUCAGUAAUCUCGUCCCAGAUAUAUCGGAGUUACGACUCGCCAUACUACUACCAGGGCAACAAAGUUCUGAUCUCCAUAUGCGCGCUGGCGUUGGUAGUGUUUGUGGUUCAACGCGAGUGGCUCAGGCACCUCAACCGCCAGAAAGAGCGACAAUGGGAGGCGCUAUCACCGGAAGAACGCAUCGAUUAUCAGGCUGACUUGGCUGAGCGGGAGAAGGAGGGUAACAAGCGCUUGGACUUCCGCUUCAAGUACUGA